GCCUGCGGGGCUUGCACCUUACUUUUUCUACGCAGAGCUCUGGAAAUCAUGCUUGUAAAGUGUGAAAACAUCGGGGAUGCUGUGAAGUCUCUCAUUACCGGUUUCUGGUUCACUUUUAGCGUCUGUUCCUUAGUUGUUCACGGGCAGGAGGGUAAUGGCUGUGGACAUACACUGCUGGGCACAGAGUCCGGCACCUUGGCCUCUCAGAACUAUCCAGGCACCUACCCCAGUAACACUUGGUGUAAGUGGAGGCUUCGUGUGCCAGAAGGCCACAUGCUGCGACUGCUGUUUGGGGAUUUUGAUGUUGAGAACAGUCCUGGCUGCAGCAAUGGAUCUGUUGUGAUCACAGACAAGAAUGGGGAACUCAGUCUGGGUCCAGUGUGUGGGAAGCUUGAUGCAUCGCAGAAGAAUGUGACACUUAAAAGCAAUGAAGUGACAAUAACCUUCAAGUCAGGCCCACACCGCUCUGGACGAGGGUUUCUACUGUCCUAUGCCACAGACCAGUAUUCAGAUCUCAUUUCUUGUUUACAACGAGGAUCUCAUUUUAGUUCAGAGCAUUUCAGUGUGUACUGCCCUGCUGGAUGUAAGAAUGUCACAGGGGACGUGUGGGGUAACUCUGAACAUGGUUACAGAGAUACCUCAGUUCUAUGCAAGUCUGCUAUCCAUGCUGGAGCUGCAUCUGAUAAUAUGGGAGGUCGUGUCGCUGUGACUCGUGGGAGAAGUCUUACACUCUAUGAAUCCACCUUUUCCAAUGGAAUCCUUUCUAAAAUGGGAUCAUUAUCUGAAAAGAAGCUGCUGUUUAGCCAAGAAUGCAACAACAUCCUGGCUGUUUCUGGUUUUAAUGCCUCAUCUUUCUGGAACAUAAACAGUCAAGAGCACAGAAUGUUUUGGUCCUCCCGAAACAUGGGUUCUAGUCAUGAGUUCCUACCCUGGGCGGCGGACAGUAAUGAUCCAAGCCCGUGGUUGGAGCUGGAGCUAAGUGACAGACGCACUAUCACAGGAAUAAUAACAAUGGGAUCAAACGAGUACUACACAGAAUCCUUCAUUCUUCUUUUCAGCAAGGACAGAAAGAAUUGGAAGCUUUACAAAGGUGCUCUCAGCAGAGAACAAAAGGUGUUUCAGUCCUAUACUGAUGGGCACCUCAGGGUUCUCAACAGCUUGUUUCCCUCUGUGGUGGCUCGGUUUGUUCGGCUACAGCCACUGAACUGGCAUGGCAGAGCUUCAGCUCAGGUCCAGGUCCUGGGUUGUCCUGUUGCGAAGAUGACACCAAGGUCCCGCUCACCUGGAAAAUCUCCGUCCAUCAAAGUUAACAUGGGUACACCACACCCAAGCCCCUCACCCACCCCCGCAGAGGGCCCAGUGUUAGUGGAAACAAAACUGAGCACCAGUCAGCCAGUGAUAGUGGCAGUGGGAGUGGUACUGGGGUUGAUAAUGUGCAGCAGUUGUUUGUUGGCUGGAAUCUGGUGGAAACGAAGAAAAAAGGAUUCACAAAUGAAGUACUCCUUACCCGAAACAGGUUGUCAGAGUUUCCAGGCAAAGAGUCUGCCCUGCCCACAAUCAGAGCUUAUCUCCUACCCUCUGGAGCGAAAUGUCCAUGACGCUCUACCUAGCCCCCCUCUCAAUGACUAUGCAGAGCCUGCUGUUGCAGCUAUUGGACAGAAGGUUGGGUCGACAUUUAGACCCUCUGUAGAUGAGGGCUACACCACCCCCUUCAUCUUGAACCAUUAUGACACUCCUGGCAACCUGCCAGAGUAUGCUGAGCCACUUCCCCCAGAACCAGAGUAUGCCACCCCAUUCAGUGAGCAGCUCUCUGAGUCCAACCUGCAGACUUUGACAGGGAUGCUUCACAGCAAUACACAUAGACCUGCUAUACUAGCACCUGCCACUGGUGCCAGGACAACAUCCAGCCAUGCUCAGUAUGACUGCCCCUCACACAGGAUGCUGUCCAACGGCUACUGCACUCCUGCUCUACAUGCUAGUGGCCCACGACCAGUCAGCGUGGUCUACGCUGAGCCCAAGUCAUGUGACUCCUUACCGUUGAAGCACACAUACGAGGAGCCUUUGUGAGCACAGCAAGCUUAGACACAAAGAAAAAAGAUUCUAAAAUGUGCUUUGGGACCAGAGGACCACUUGGAGUGAUCUCAAGUGGACGCUAAGCUGUACAGUGUUGUCCAGAGUGUACUAAUGCUGACAGAGCUGAACUUCCAGUAAGGAGUCACUUUGGACCAUUAUGCAUAUAUCAGGGUACACUACUCAGAGUACAGAAUAAUCUGAGAGCCAUAUGGACACAGAUAUUUUCUCCCAGGAAGCAUGUAGUUGUACAGUGGAAAUAUCCUGUGAUGCACAAAGAAAAUCCAGGUUCAGUUGUGUCUCAGAGAUACUGUUUAUUGAUGUAAUGUUUAAUCACAAGCUGCACUUUCAGAAAUACAUACAGAAAUGUAUGCUUCAGUCUAUUUAACAGGUUAAUGCAAAAAAAAUGAAUGUUACUUGUCCUCACAAUGUACAAUUUCAACAUGUUUUUGUAAAAACAAAAAAAAAA